AUGGGCUCCACGACCGCUACCCAAAAUCGCGCCUUGUGGCUGAGUUCAUUUGACAAGCCUCUGGAGCUCAUCAAUCUACCCAUUCCCGACGCAACAGUCGGUUCGGUUGUUGUACAGGUCCUCAACACUGUCAUCCAGCCCUACGCCGAGGACAUCCACACCGGAAAGUUACCCGUGUUCAAUCUCGCUCUGCCAUUAGUACCACAUCCUAGCCACAUCGGCCGAGUAUAUGCUGUCGGGUCAGACGCGGUGCUUGCAAAGCCCGGUGAUCUCGUUUUCUUCUCCGGCUCCAUCCACGGGCGAGACGAUCCUGAUGUGGGCAUUAUCCAAGGCCAUCAUGGCGGAGAAGGUGACAGUGGCCGCAAGCUUAUGCAAGGAGAAUGGCGUGACGGGGCUCUCCAACAGUAUCAAAAAGUCCCACUAGAGACUAUCUUCGUGCUAGACGAACAACGCUUGGUCAAAGAGCUGGGAUAUACCCCCGCAGAUCUCCACGAACUGUCGUUCUACGUCAUUGGAGUUGGUGCUGUAUGUGAGGCGGCCAAGAUCGAGGCGGGUGAGACGAUUGCUAUUGGUCCGGCCACGGGUACCUUUGGUGGUAUCAGCUGUGACGUGGCACUUGCACGAGGUGCUAAUGUUUUAGCACUUGGCCGCAGCGAAGAGAAGCUUCAACGUUUAGAAAAGCAGCUGGGAAAUCAUGAGCGCUUCAGGUAUGUCGUCAUGACGGGAGACGACGCAGCAGAUACCGCGGCCAUCCGGAACGCUACUCCAGAUGGGCGAGGUAUCGAGGUCUACAACGACUGGGCAUCGGGCGGGUUGACGGGCUCACCGUUCUUCUCCGCAGCCAUCCGAGCUAUGCGACCGAGUGGUAGGAUCGUUCUCAGUGGUGGGCCGGCCGGUGAUGUUCGGGUCCCUUAUGCUCUUGUGAUGCACCUCAACCUUAAAAUUAUUGGGAAAAUCAUGGUCACGAGAACUGGAGUAGAUCUUACCUUGAAGAUGGCGAACUCGGGAGUACUCAAGCUUGGGAAGCGCGGCGGUUCGACGCACAACAUCUACGGUCUAGAGCAGCAUCACGAAGCAUUCCGCCACGCAAAGAAAAAUAGCGGAUUUCGGGUGUAUACAGACAUUGCUCCUAACGCCUGGUGA